AUGGACUGGGUUUCCUUCCAAAUCAAAGAAAGCUCCGUUCUUUCCACUCCCCAAUUCCCACAACCGCCGCCCCCGCCGACACUCGCCGCAGCCACCUCCGGUGACGGCGGCGGCGCGUUCAACUUGGAGAACAAGGUGAGUCCAAGCAUUCUACUAAUCAUAAUAAUCCUCGCCAUCAUCUUCUUCAUCUCGGGCCUCCUCCACCUCCUGGUCCGGUUCAUGAUCCGACCCGGAUCCGUGGCGGGCCGCCGCGGCGACCAGGACUACGAACUAGACAGCGUCACGGCGCUGCAGGGCCAAUUGCAGCAGCUCUUCCACCUCCACGACGCCGGCGUCGACCAGUCCUUCAUCGACACGCUCCCGAUCUUCCUCUACGACUCCAUCGUGGGCGGGCCCGCCGACAAGUCGGCGCCUUUCGACUGCGCCGUAUGCCUGUGCGAGUUCGCCGGCGACGAUAAGCUCCGGCUGCUCCCGAAGUGCAGCCACGCCUUCCACAUGGAGUGCAUCGACACGUGGCUCCUCUCUCACUCCACCUGCCCUCUCUGCCGGUCCUCCCUCCUCGCCGAUUUCUCCGCCGCGAAUCACGGCGGCGGGAACGGGAGCAACAACCUCCUCCCCUGUUCUCCGAUCGUUCUGGUCCUCGAAUCUGGCAGCGAGAGAAGCUCCCGAGAAAUCGAAACGAAUAACAACCACCUCGGAAGGACUAAUUCCAUCCUCAGCGCUUGCUCGUUAGUGGGUUACCAAGGGGACAACGAAUCGGGCUCAUGUCGGGUCGAAAUUCCACCGCCGGAGGGGGAAACCGGAUCCGGGUCGGGUCAAGACAGGGUUGUUCGGGUUAAAUUGGGGAAGUUCAGAAAUGUGGAAGGCAGCGGAAAUGGAAGCGGUAGUGGCGAUGAUAAUGUGAGGAGAUGCUAUUCGAUGGGCUCGUUCGAGUACGUGAUGGACGAGAGCUCGUCGCUACAAGUUCCGAUUCGGUUUUCCCCUGCGAAGAAGAGGAAGCCGGCCGCCGGCGGUGCUCUGCACCGGCCUGCAAUGUCGGUCUGCGGGUGCGAAUCGGCGAGGGAGUUCGGCCGAUUCGGCGAAGGGAACGCGAGCAUUGUCCCGGCUGGGAACGGGGGCAGAGAAAGCUUCUCGAUUUCGAAGAUUUGGACGAGAGGAGGCAAGAAGAGUGAGGGAAAACAGGGGAUUUCGGAAACAGGGGAGUUGAGUUCGAGGAGAUCGGCAGUUUCGUUCAGGUUUCCGGUCAGCAGCGAAUUGGGAUUUUCCGGUGAACAGAGCUGCAGUGGUGGUGGGAAUGGCGGCGAGUUGGGCGAUGGAAAGACGCCGUCUUUUGCUAGGAGGACCUUGCUCUGGCUUGCCGGGAAGCAGAACAAGGUGGUUCAUUCAAAUUUCACAUCAGAUGUUUAG